GGGAUAAUAAAUUUACGACAAUUAUGUGACCUGCUAUGGCCAUUCUUUGUCGGCUGGGCCGGGGUCGGGUAUAUAUAACAGGCGCAAGGACGUACACGAGGCGCAUGCGCGAUGUUGCGCAGCACGUCUCUUCUGCUGCUGAAGGAUGAGCAUACGUUGGGGUAUCUGUGGCGCUGGGAAAAUAUCGCAUGACUUUGUUGUUGGACUUAAAACAAGGCCUACAGCGGAGCACAGCGUGGUUGCCGUCAGUGCCCGUUCGGUUGAAUCAGCGGCUGAGUUUGCUGCUCUUCACCACGUUGAAAGGCAUUAUGGUUCUUACGAAGAAUUGGCUGUGGACCAGGAGGUGGAUGUGGUGUAUGUUGGAACAAUCCAUCCUACACACUACAGUUGUGCAAAGCUGAUGCUCCAGAAUGGUAAAUCUGUGGUGUGCGAGAAGCCCUUGACAAUGAAUGUAAAGGACACACUCUCGCUGGAGGAGAUAUCAAGGGACCGUGGAAUGUUUUUGAUGGAGGGAAUGUGGACAAGGUUUUUUCCAGCAGUUUCUGAGAUGAGAAAGAGGAUUAAUGAUGGGCAUUUAGGUGAAAUAAAGUCUGUCCAAGCUAAUUUUGGGUUUAGAAGGAAAGACAUGUCUGGUAAUUCACGACUUGACAACCCAAAGCUGGGAGGUGGGGCUGUUUUAGAUGUUGGAGUCUAUCCUAUCAGUCUUGCUACUAUGGUGUUUGGAGAGCGGCCAAACACUGUUUAUGCCACAGGAUGGCUCACAUCUACAGGUGUAGAUGAAUUUGCCAGUAUCACUUUGAAGUACAGUGGGGAACGCGUUGCACAACUUUCGUGUAGUAUUGGAGUUGAUCUCACUAAUGAUGCUGUGGUGUACGGCACAAAAGGAAAAUUGAAGUUGCAAAGUCCAUUCUGGUGCCCAACAAAAUUGGAGACAGCUGAAGGUGUACUGGAUUACCCACUACCUGAUGUUGAACUACCGCUUAACUUUUUAAACAGCGAGGGUUUUGGAUAUGAAGUAGAACAUGUACGGAGGUGUUUGCAAGCUGGGAUGACAGAGAGUGAUGUAAUGCCACUGGAACACACAGUAAUUGUUGCUGAAAUAAUGGAAUCGGUCAUGAAACAAUUGGGAACUAUGCAGUCAGUGAAAUAGUUUGAUAACGAUGUGUCAGAUAUAAUAAUUUUCCAGCAGUGAUUACUGUGUGGGUAACUUUGCACAUGAAAUUAUUGUUUGACUCCACGAGUUGUAUGAGUUGUAUGCACAGUAAUUUUGAUAUUCCUGCAUAAUGUGAGAUUUACAUAAAAAUUGCCUUGCAUCUGGGUAGACCAAAUGAUCUCGUUAACCAUACCCACAAUAUUUAUGUGCCUGCAGCAGGUUGUCUUGGCUAUAUACCUAAC